AUGUCACUGACAUCGCAACCCGCGCUCCUCAAACCCGCCGCUUACCAGCAACCCACGCUCCUCAAACCCGCUUACCAGCAACCCGCGCUCCUCAAACCCGCCGCUUACCAGCAACCCGCGCUCCUCAAACCCGCCGCUUACCAGCAACCUGCGCUCCUCAAACCCGCUUACCAGCAACCCGCGCUCCUCAAACCCGCCGCUUACCAGCAACCCGCGCUCCUCAAACCCGCCGCUUACCAGCAACCCGCGCUCCUCAAACCCGCCGCUUACCAGCAACCCACGCUCCUCAAACCCGCUUACCAGCAACCCGCGCUCCUCAAACCCGCCGCUUACCAGCAACCCGCGCUCCUCAAACCUGCUUACCAGCAACCCGCGCUCCUCAAACCCGCUUACCAGCAACCUGUGCUCCUCAAACCCGCCGCUUACCAGCAACCCGCGCUCCUCAAACCCGCCGCUUACCAGCAACCCGCGCUCCUCAAACCCGCCGCUUACCAGCAACCCACGCUCCUCAAACCCGCUUACCAGCAACCCGCGCUCCUCAAACCCGCCCCUUACCAGCAACCCGCGCUCCUCAAACCCGCCGCUUACCAGCAACCCGCGCUCCUCAAACCCGCUUACCAGCAACCCGCGCUCCUCAAACCCGCUUACCAGCAACCCGCCGCUUACCAGCAACCCGCGCUCCUCAAACCCGCCGCUUACCAGCAACCCGCGCUCCUAAAACCCGCCGCUUACCAGCAACCCGCGCUCCUCAAACCCGCUUACCAGCAACCCGCGCUCCUCAAACCCGCUUACCAGCAACCCGCGUUCCUCAAACCCGCCGCUUACCAGCUACCCGCGCUCCUCAGACACAUCAGUACUGGUAAUUCAGUGCCUCCUGACAUACGUGAGGCCCUUCUAGACAUGUGA